ACGAAAACUUACUAGCUUAAGUCACGUCGAUAAAGAGGGCAGGGAGGGAACAAGCCAGCUAGCCGUUUAGCUACGUGACACAUACAAUUAUUGCGUGAUAAAACCUUUAUUUUAGCGCAAUUAUUGUCUAAUGAACGUAUAGCCGAAAGCUGCGAAAUUCUGUGUCUUUGCUCGCGUAAAUUACGCUUAUUUUUUGCCGUUUAUCACCGAGCAAAACAAACCGCUGUUUGGCGUCAAAGCUAGCAUAACAAACAACAGAAAGGGAAAAAAUGAGAGGGGGCUCAUCUUAUGGAGAUAGAGACAGGGACCGAGGACGAGACAGGCCACGUUUUGGGGCCAUGAGUGGUCGUGGUGGACCUCCGCCAAUGAAAUUUGGGAAUCCAGGUGAACGUCUUCGAAAGAAGCGGUGGAACCUGGAUGAGCUGCCAAAAUUUGAGAAGAACUUCUAUGCUGAGCAUCCUGAGGUGCAACGCUUGAGUCAGUAUGAAGUGGAAGACUUCCGCAAAAGGAAGGAGAUCACGAUCAGAGGCUCUGGCUGUCCAAAGCCUGUCACUGCUUUUCACCAGGCGCAGUUUCCUCAGUACGUGAUGGAUGUGUUAAUGCAGCAGAACUUUAAGGAGCCCACAGCAAUCCAGUCCCAGGGUUUUCCUGUGGCCCUGAGUGGCAGGGAUAUGGUGGGGAUUGCACAGACUGGCUCAGGAAAGACACUGGCUUACCUUCUUCCAGCUAUUGUACACAUCAACCACCAGCCUUAUCUGGAGAGGGGAGAUGGUCCAAUUUGCUUGGUGCUCGCCCCUACCAGAGAGUUGGCCCAGCAGGUACAACAGGUUGCGUAUGACUAUGGGAAGUCUUCCCGUAUCAAAAGCACCUGUGUCUACGGUGGUGCGCCGAAAGGACCGCAGAUUCGAGACCUUGAACGGGGUGUUGAGAUCUGCAUUGCCACACCUGGUCGCCUCAUUGAUUUCUUGGAAGCAGGGAAGACCAACCUGCGCCGCUGCACCUACCUAGUGCUGGAUGAGGCUGACCGCAUGUUGGACAUGGGCUUUGAACCCCAGAUUCGCAAGAUAGUAGAUCAAAUUCGGCCUGACAGACAGACUUUGAUGUGGAGCGCAACCUGGCCAAAAGAGGUUCGACAGCUUGCUGAGGACUUCCUGAGGGAAUACACCCAGAUUAAUAUCGGCGCUCUGGAGCUCAGUGCCAACCACAACAUCCUGCAAAUAGUCGAUGUCUGCAUGGAGACUGAAAAGGACAACAAACUUAUUCAGCUGAUGGAGGAGAUAAUGGCUGAAAAAGAGAACAAAACCAUCAUCUUUGUGGAGACUAAGAAACGCUGUGAUGAUCUUACACGGAGGAUGAGGCGUGAUGGGUGGCCAGCCAUGUGUAUUCAUGGAGACAAGAGCCAGCCUGAAAGAGACUGGGUACUUACAGAAUUUCGUAGUGGCAAAGCCCCCAUUCUGAUUGCCACUGAUGUUGCCUCUCGUGGUCUGGAUGUGGAGGAUGUCAAGUUCGUCAUCAACUAUGAUUAUCCAAGCUCCUCUGAGGAUUAUGUCCAUCGUAUCGGACGUACGGCCCGCAGUACCAACAAGGGCACAGCCUACACCUUCUUCACCCCAGGAAACCUGCGACAGGCACGAGACCUUGUCCGGGUGCUGGAGGAAGCACGCCAAGCAAUCAAUCCUAAACUGCUCCAGCUUGUGGACUCAGGCCGUGGAGGAGGCGGCGGUGGCAGAAUGCGUUACCGUGGCAGUAACUCCAGCAACCCUAACCUGAUGUACCAGGAGGAGUGUGAUCGGCGCAUGCGCUCCACUGGAGGCGGUGGGGGCAAAGACAGCCGCAGCGGCUUCAGCCGUGACACCCGCGAUAGCCGCAACACUCGCGACGGAGACCGCUCCUCUUCUUCCUCCUACAGGGACAGAGGCCGGGAUCACAGAAACAACUACAACUCGGGCUCAGAUCAGUACCAGAACUACAACAGCGGCGGCGGUAGCGGCUACAACUCUCGCAGUGGAGGCCAGACCAGCAGCGGUGGAGGUCAGGAUCAGUCGAGUCAGCCGCAGGGUCAGUUUGGCCAGGCUCCUCCACCACCAGGGGGACCGCAGCCCCUGAUGGCUCAGCAGUUUGCUCCACCACAGCCCCCACUCAUGGGCUUCAUGGGGCAACCGCCAUACCCAUUUCCUUCACCUCCACCUCCUCCCCCUGGCCCGCCACCUCCCAGGAAGUAGAUUAAACAAGCACUGAAUUAAUUUGUGCUACUUGUGUGUCCACAGGUUACCUUUGUGGGUUUUUUUUAAAACUCUUGUAAUAUGAAGAGGCAGGGGUUUAAAUGACAUAUAUCUAAGGAGGUAAGGGCUUAUAUUUUCUAUUUGUUUUGUACUUUUUAAUACACCCAAAAUGUGGAGCUUAAAUUGUCUGAUAGAAAAGGAAAUCUUCAAAUUUUACAGUUUUUCCAAAGUAGACUAUCACUCUCCAUAGCUGCACCGUGUACCAUGAGGGGAACAAGUAUCAGGUUUUCAUUCCAAUCAAAUGCCACACAGGAUGUGAUCUGCUUUAAAUUUUCAGGUGUGUUGGGAUUUGGUUAAAAUGAAACCCUACUUUAGACUGAGGCCUGAGUGUUAUGUGGAUUACAGGGCUAGUCUACUAGAAAUUAAUUUUUAAUAGUCACAUUCCAGGCUGAUAUCGUUCUUGAGCUUCAUAGUAGUUCCGAUUUGUUCAGUUUGAGAGAUUUUUGGCUGACAUAUUUUAUUUAUUCAAUACAUUUUAGGCUUAUUCUCAACAGGGAAGCAACUUUCAUGUUUGUGACUCUUUUCUCCAAUAGUAGUCAUAUCAUUCAGUGUCUUCAGUGUGAUUGUUAUAUUAGACUCAGAUUUUGUCACGCAUGCCUUUCCUUUCUGCUGUCCUGUAGCAAUAUUAAUAAGCACAUUGACUAAACUUGCAAUUUGUUGCUUGUUUCCUUUUUUCCCUCAUUGUGUCCUUUUUACCGUGAUUUUGUAAAUAAAUGAAUCAAACCUGUUUCCUA